GCAGUGGCUGAAGUCCUAGAAAAAAACGGAGCGCGGCUGCGGUGAGCACACCGGCGUCCUGCAGGUGGCGCUGCAGACCGGAGCCCCCGUCACUCUGUCUCCCGCCGUGCCUCUUCCUUCCGCCGAGGACCCGCGCGGCAGGCUCUAAGCGCACCGAGCGCCCGGGACGCGGAUCGCCUCGAGACCUUGCCCGGCUGGGCGCCAUGGUCCUUCCUGGGUCCCGGGCCCGCGGCCUGGUGGCAGCUGCCAGGGCUGCCCAGAGGCGCCGCCGCGUGGACACUGCGCAGGGGCCCCCGAAUGCCCACCCCGAGAGCAGGCGCGCGGCGCUCUACGUGCACUGGCCGUACUGUGAGAAGCGCUGCAGCUACUGCAACUUCAACAAGUACGUGGUGCGCGGCGGCGUGGACGAGGCGGCCCUGCGGCGCUGCCUGGUGACUGAAGCCCGCACGCUGCUUGAGCUCAGCGGGGUUCGCAGGGUGGAGUCUGUGUUCUUCGGCGGGGGCACCCCCAGCCUGGCCAGUCCCCACACCGUGGCCGCCCUCCUGGAGGCGGUGGCGCAGGCUGCCCACCUGCCUGCUGAUGUGGAAGUCACUUUGGAAGCCAACCCCACUUCCGCCCCGGGCCCCAGACUGGCGGAGUUCGGGGCGGCGGGAGUCAACAGGUUGUCCAUUGGCCUCCAGUCCCUGGACGACGCGGAGCUGCAGCUGCUGGGCCGCACGCACUCUGCCCGGGACGCCCUGCGGACGCUGGCGGCGGCGCGGCGCCUCUUUCCAGGCCGCGUGUCGGUGGACCUGAUGCUCGGGCUGCCGGGGCAGCAGCUGGGGCCGUGGCUCGGGCAGCUGCAGGAGCUGCUGCGCCACUGCGACGACCACCUGUCCCUGUACCAGCUGUCCCUGGAGCGCGGCACGGCGCUCUUCGCCCGGGUGCAGCGCCGCGCGGUCCCCGGCCCCGACCCCGAGCUGGCGGCGGAGAUGUACGCGGAGGGGCGCGCGCUGCUGCGGGCCGCCGGCUUCCGCCAGUACGAGGUCUCUAACUUCGCGCGCCACGGGGCGCUCAGCACCCACAAUUGGACGUACUGGCAGUGCGGGCAGUACCUUGGCGUGGGGCCUGGUGCUCACGGGCGAUUUGUGCCCCAUGGGGCCGGGGGCCACACCCGGGAGGCUCGGAUCCAAACGCUGGAGCCUGACAACUGGAUGAAGGAGGUGACGCUGUUCGGUCACGGCACCCGGAAGCGAGUCCCGCUGGAUGAGUUGGAGCUGCUGGAGGAGGUUUUGGCCAUGGGGCUGCGCACGGAUGUGGGGAUCACGCACCAGCACUGGCAGCAGUUUGAGCCGCAGCUGACGCUGUGGGAUGUGUUCGGAGCAAGCGCGGAGGUGACGGGGCUACGGGAGCGGGGUCUGCUGCUGCUGGACCACAGGGGUCUCCGGUGUUCCUGGGAGGGCCUGGCCGUGCUGGACUCCCUGUUGCUGACCCUCCUGCCCCAACUCCAAGAGGCCUGGCAGCAGAGAAGCCCCACGCCAGUGCCAGGAGGAUGACCAGAUGUUCCUGCGUCCCAGGACAGCGCCAGGUGGAGGUGGGAGGCUGGACCAGCGCUGCAGAUGUCGCUCCUCUGUUGCGGCUGCCAGGUCCACUCAGGGGCAGCGGCCUGGCACGGGCACCUCCAAGGGCACAGCCAAAGCGAGGUGGGCAGAAGACUUACGUGGUCGGGGGCUGGCAUUCCAGCCAGCAACUUCGGACUCACAGAUCAGCCUGUGCUGUGGGACUGGGAGCUGCUUGUUACCGCCAGCUUCUGUUGGCCUUUUUUGGUGUCCAGCAGUGGCCAGAGUUUGGAAAUCAUAAUUAAAAAAAAAAAUUUUAUUGGUACCCAUU